GCGCCGCCUGCGGAAUGGCGUCAUCACAGAGCGCGCCGUCUGCGGGAUGGCGUCUCCCGCCCGGCUCCUCCGGCGGGCCUUUUCCUCAGCGUCCGACGGGCGGAGGCGGAGGAGGGCGUGGGAGGCUUCGCUGUCACCUCUGGAGAGACUGAAGCGGCUGCUGCCGCCAGAGGAGGCGGCGACGGUGGAGCGCUGCGCGGAGCCCCGCUCCUCUGCCUCCCCACAGACGUCUACUGAGGAGAAAAUGGCGGCGCCGAGCGCGGCGCCCACCGCGGCGCCUUCCCCGCGGGGACACCACGAGGAGAAAAUGGCGGCGCGCCACAACCCGCUCCGCGCGGGGGAGCUGGCGCUGGCGGAGCUGCGAAGGAAGCACAACGCGACGCUGAAGCUGCUGUGCCGCUUGGAGGCAGGCGGGGUGCUGAACUCGCACGGCGGGCUCCUGCCGCACCGUGACAUCAUCGGGCGGCUGCCCGGGCAGCUGCUGCGCUCCUCGGCCGGGGCGCGGCUGCUGCUGAGGCGGCCCUCGCUGGACGAGUACGUGCUGCUGAUGCCGCGGGGACCCACCAUCGCCUACCCCAAGGAUAUCAGUGCCAUGCUGAUGAUGAUGGACAUCCACCCAGGAGACGUUGUGUUGGAAAGCGGCAGCGGGUCUGGUGCUCUUAGCUUGUUUCUGUCGAGAGCGGUUGGGCCCGAGGGACGUGUUAUCAGUUAUGAAAUCAGAGAUGACCAUCACAACUUAGCAAAGAAGAAUUACAGGCAUUGGCGUACAACAUGGAAAAUAGGACAUAUGGAAGAGUGGCCAGAUAACGUGGAUUUCAUUCUUAAAGACAUCUCAAGAGCUGCUGAGGAUAUGAAAUCUUUAACGUUUGAUGCAAUAGUUCUGGAUAUGCUUAAUCCUCAGUCUGCUCUGUCUGUUGUACACCCCAGUCUUAAAGAGGGUGGUGUGUGUGCUGUGUAUUUAGCUAACAUCACACAGGUUGUAGACCUUUUAGACAGAAUACGGACGUGCAGGCUCCCUUUUGCCUGUGAAAAGAUCGUUGAGGUAACCCAUAGAAAUUGGUUGGUGCUCCCUGCUAAAAUCAAGAAUUGCAAAUCAAGCCAAAGAGUGGAAACUCAAGAAGAUAUCGAGGAAGAUCCUCAACAGAAAGAAAGUGAUGAAAUCCAAACUGAGGAUCAAAUACUUCUUAAUGAAGGUGAAGGCGAUGGAUCAUUUCCUGAUGAUGCUGAAACACACUGCUCAGCACCUUACAUUGCGAGACCAUCUCGUUGGCAGGACGCUCAUUCAGCAUUCCUCACCAAGCUGAGAAAGUUUCGACCACCACUUUCUUGAUGCUCCUGCUGUUAGCUGCUAAUCUGAGUGUUGUAUCAGAAUAAAGAGUUACAAAAUAGCUAUAUUUUGCAAGUUUUGUAACUUCUAGGUAAUUCCUGCUUUGAUUUCUAUUGCAUAUCAGACUCUUAAAACCUACUUGCUAUUUAAAGGGAAAUGUUUUAACAGUCAUCAUGUAUGGCACUGCAGUGCAACACCAAUUGUUCUGCAAAGCACAGCCUCUGUUUCUUUGUUCAGUGCAUUUCAUUCUUCAUUCCUUGUAAACCAAUCCAUGGAUUUGUCUUGGUUGGAGGUGUUAUCUCUUCUCCUUUUGCCGGACAGGCUCUGACAGUCUACCAAAAAUCAGGAGGGGGAAAAAAAUUGGUAAGAAAACUUUUGAGAUGCUAGUGAAGCAGCUUCCAACUUGGCUCCAUACCAACUGGUUGCUAUUGGGUUCUUUAAGAACAGUGUUUGCACAACUGUAAUGGAAACUGAAAUUCACUGAACUUGUUCUUUUGAUAAAGCUGUGCUUGUUUCUAAGAAAAAAUACCAGUUGUUGAUAAGAAUUGCUUUGGUUCACUUCCAGCAACUAUGCUGAGAUCUGCCAUGGUAUUUAUUAGCUUUGCUAUGAGGUACUCAAAUGGUCAAAACAGACACAGAGCUAUAAAUUAACUGGAACUUGAAGGUUAAUUAACUGAAACUAACCCUUAAUAAGUAAGUAUACUAAGAACACUGCAGUAUGUCUUUGCAGAACUGGGGCCUUAGCACAGGAAGUUUACAUCUCACGGGUUCCACUCUCAAUUAUAACGAAACAUUAGACAACUGCUCUGAGUAACAGAGACUUCUCAUGUAAAGGCUCAGGAGACAGCUUUGAGUAGUUCACUGUGUAAAGAUUCUACUCUGUAAAACAAUUUUUGCAAUAAACUCUUAUAUUCUUUUCCAUA